AUGCCGACAGAGUCCAGGGCAGGCCAGUGGCACUAUGAGGUGGAGGUGACCCUGGGACUGUCUCAGGGCUUGAGAGUGACCAGCCAGCCAGACCUGAACUCCCUCAACUGUGCGGAGAGAGACAGCUGGGGAAGGAACGAGCUUGUUUAUGUUAAGAACCCUCACUUGGAUUCAAUGGAUGAAGAUAUUCUAUAUCAUUUAGAUUUGGGAACCAAAACUCAUAAUCUGCCUGCCAUGUUUGGUGACAUAAAGUUUGUCUGUGUGGGUGGGAGCCCCAACAGAAUGAAAACUUUUGCUCAGUUCAUGCAUAAAGAACUUGGACUUGAAGGAGAUGAGAAAGACCUGAAAGAUAUUUGUGCUGGGACGGAUCGGUACUGUAUGUAUAAAGUUGGACCUGUGCUCUCCAUUAGUCAUGGGAUGGGUAUUCCCUCCAUUUCCAUUAUGCUACAUGAGCUAAUCAAAUUGCUACACCAUGCAAAAUGCCGUGAUGUUACCAUUAUACGCAUCGGUACUUCAGGGGGAUUAGGGAUCGAACCCGGGUCAGUUGUGAUAACAGACACAGCAGUGGAUUCGUUUUUCAAGCCUCAGUUUGAGCAGGUGAUUCUGGACCGUGUGGUAGUACGAAGCACUGAACUUGAUAAAGACCUGGCUGAGGAACUACUGGAAUGUAGCAAAGAGAUUAAGGAUUUCCCAACACUUAUUGGUCAUACGAUGUGCACCUAUGAUUUUUAUGAGGGUCAGGGACGAUUAGAUGGGGCGUUGUGUUCCUUCUCCAAUGAAAGAAAGCUAGAGUACCUCAAAAGAGCUUACAACGCUGGUAUUAGAAAUAUAGAAAUGGAGUCUACUGUAUUUGCUGCUAUGUGCAGGCUUUGUGGUCUUAAAGCUGCAGUUGUCUGUGUGACUCUCCUUAACCGACUUCAUGGUGACCAGAUCCAAGCAUCCCAUGAAGUUCUACUUGAAUAUCAACAACAACCUCAAAAGCUGAUUUCACUGUUUAUUAAAAAGCGCCUUGGGCUUUGGAAUCCAGAAGGUUCAGUCUAA